AUGUUCCCUCAACCACCAAUUCUAGAGUCAGAGGAGACGGUGGCGUCCAUUCUUUUUGCUGCCUUUGAGUCAAAUUUGGGAGGUGUCGCCAUUGACUGGGAGCACGAAGAACAAAUCACCUACGAGCAAUUACGUGGCAAGGUGCAGAAACUUGCCCAGAGGCUUCGCCCUCAAGCACCUCCUGGAACCCCAGUCGUGGUGUGCUUACCUCGUUCGAUUGCGCAAAUUGUCAGUAUCGCCGCAGUUCAAUGGCUUGGAGCCGUCUACGUGCCCUUGGACCCAACCAUCCCUCAAAGCAGACUGGAUGGCUUGUUGAAGCGUCUGCAAAAGCCUGUCAUCUUGGCGAAUCAAGACUUUUUCCAACGAUAUUCCGACCCCCAAUCUAUCGAUGGGACAUACUUCAAUGUCGAGCAAUGUCUCACCGAUGAUCAAGGGCAUGCCGUGGAAACGAGUAGCCACCCUAUUGCUACCCGUGAGCCAGACGACCUGGCGAUUAUUCUUUUCACAUCGGGAAGUACGGGUGAGCCCAAAGGCGUGAAGCUCUCGAACCGCAAUAUUAUCGAGCCCAUUCGCUACUUGAGCCGCCAGCAGGAUAUCACCCCCCAUUCUCGAAUCCUUCAAUUUGCUGGCCCAGCAUUCGACGUGCAUAUGCUGGACAUAUUUUGUGGCCUUUUCAAUGCCGCGACUUUGUGCUUGGUCACUAAAGAUAAGCUUCUUUCCCAGUUAGCUUUCUGGAUCAAUCAGAUGGAAGCGAAUAUGAUCCAUCUCACUCCGAGCAUGUUGUCAAUGCUGCGCCCUGAGGAGGUUCCCGGGAUUCGGUAUAUGCUGUCGAGUGGAGAAGCGAUCACUCAGGAGAUCAUCGAAACGUGGGCCUCUUCCGCCGUUCUCCUUAAUCUUUAUGGGCCCUGUGAAGCCUCCUCCAUAGUCGGCUCGCGGCUGCUACCGGGUGAUUCGGCGAGUAUCAUCGGCAAGGCUACUCCAUUCUCGAAUAUCAUUGCUCUACGAGAGGAUGGGCAACCUGCCGGUCCAGGGGAGUCCGGUGAGAUCUAUUGUACCGGCAAGACCAUCUUUCUGGGAUACCUUGGGAAUGAGACCAUGACGCGAUCGAAAUUCCGUGUGCAGGGCCCUGGUCUUCCCGAUCUAUUUGGCACAGGAGAUGUCGGUAUAGUGACCGAAGAUGGAUAUCUAAAACUUCUGGGCAGACUUGAUACUCAGGUCAAAAUCAACGGGCAGCGCGUCGAGUUGCAGGAGAUUGACCAUGCGUUGACUACUAUCGCUGCCAAAGCAGUCACAAGGUGGAGAAAGGAUCCAAGGGGACAGAUUCGACUGCAUGCCUUCGUUACUGAGUCAUCUGCCUUUUGCUAUCCGUCCGAUCCUUGUGAGCUGCUCACUGAUGGCCAGGAAUUUAUCGACCGUCUCUCGGGAGUAUGUCGUGCCACGCUGCCUUCGUACAUGGUUCCUGAGAUUAUCCCGGUAAGUGCAAUUCCCCUGAAUGCGAGUGAAAAGAUUGAUCAGAAGCGUCUCGACCUUUUGCUCGAGUCUCAUCUACAGUCAGCCAGUGGAAUCCUGGAGCUAGAUGCCACGGCCGGAAAUACUGCCACAGAGCAGACCAUAGCCAACAUAAUCAGUGAGCAGUUGAACCGCCCUGUUCGGUCUGCUCAGAGCAAUUUACUCUCCAUGGGACUUUCUUCACUUGAUGCCAUGGCUGUGUUAAAGCACAUCUAUCUCGAGUUUGCUGUGUCUCUUUCCCUACACAACUUCCUUCAAAGCCCGACUGUAAAGCAGGUUGCGAGAAUGGUCGAUGAACAGGCAGAAACGAGGACGGCAGCUCCUUCCCCCCAACCUACAAAGGAAGGCAUAUUUGUUCAGAUUGAUGAGGUGAUCACAUCUCCAUCUCAGGACCGGAUAUUCGCAGCCGAUAAAUUGCUUGCUAAUAGCGCGUACAACUGCAAUUUUGUUCUUCGUCUUCCCUCCAUGGACCUGGACGUGGAGCGCCUGCGCCGGGCUGUCUUUCAAGUCUAUGCCAGGCAUGACGUUCUUCAUUCGACAUAUCAUGAUGUUGAUUCUGAUGGCAAGGAAGCGGGCCCCAAUGCAUUGCCCCUUGUGAGGCAAAGAGUGUGGCCGGUCGCUGAUCUUCCACCACAGUGGACUGUGGUCAGCCUCAAGGAGUUGGAGAUAAUUAGCGUGCGACACAAGAAUUCCGUGCUCGAGAGCUCUAUGGACCGCAUUGCAACGGACGCGGAAGUUCUGUUUAGCCUGAGCCAAGAAUCAGCCCUGAGAGUCACAGUAUAUGAGCUGGGGUACCAGCAGUGGAUUGUCCACUUCAAUAUCCACCAUAUCGCGAUGGAUGAAUGGUCAUUCCAUAUUCUCACGAGAGAGAUUGAGGAUUUCUAUUCAUCCGAGCAAUUUUUGGACCUACAGUCUUCCCCAGCAGUGCAAUAUAGCGAGUUUGCCAAGUGGCAGCGCUCCAUUUUGCUACAGCAAGAAUACAACAAUCACCUCCACUGGUGGGAGGAACGAAUCGGCGAUGAGAUAGCUUCGCUGCGCCCUGAAGACCUCGGUCCCUUGCCUCCCCAUAUCCCCUCCUUGUCGGUCGAAGAAUGUGACAAGAGCCAGUUGAUUAUGCAGGACCUCGACUCUGACAUCUUCCGGAGUUUUCAAGAACAAAUUUGUGCUGGAUCCACCGCGUUCGUGGGAUGGCUUGCCUUGUUUCAACUCCUCAUGGCGCGUGUGAGUCGCAAGAGCGAAUUUCUGUUGGCGGUUCCAGCCACUGAGCGCGGCGUCAGCGCCAAAUUCAUUGACGUUGUGGGGUUCUGUCUGAACACUGUUCUGAUCCCAUCCACGGUUGCACCGACCGACACUUUCAGGACUCUUUUGGCUCGGACACAAGAGACAUUCCUCUCCUGUAUCUCACAUUCUGUACCUUACGAAGACGUCGUCACCAAUCUAGCAGCAAAAAGACCAACCGGUCGUUCCAGCCUCCAGCUAAAUGUGAUGUUCGUGCUUCAUGAUCUCCGAGCAAACCCUGGAAAGGCCUCUGAUGCCAAUUCAUUUCUGGAAUCGGCGGAUUACAUCCAACUCCCAACCAAGGGGGCCGACUUCCCUCUCAUUGUUCACAUCGAUCCAAACUACAGCCCCCCUCGUCUAAUCCUGCAACACCGAUUUGAUGCCUUCCGUGCAUCCUUCGUCGAGACCCUUGGUCGUGGCUUUGCAUCGUUACUCCAAGAUGUUGUUCAAUCUGGACUUGAGGCACCCCUGAUACAGAUGAAUCAGAUCUCACCGCAGGAUGCACGAACACUCGAUAGUUGGGCUGUGGCUCCCAUAAUACCCGAACAAAUCUCCCAUGCUUGGAUUGAAAGUACUGGGCUCACAUUAGUGGACCUGUUCCAUGAGGUCGUGGAGAGAUACCCCGGGCAACUGGCGGUUGAAGACUUGACCGGGGAGAAGCUCACUUAUGAGCAGCUGUAUGCUCGUUCAGCUAUGCUUUCUCGAUUCAUGACGAGAACCCACGGCAUUUCUGAUCAAGUUGUAGUCAUUGCCAUGGAUAAGUCCCCAAAAUUGGUAAUCAGCGUCCUCGCGGUCCUGCUAUCAGGGGCUACGUUUCUUAUGAUCGAUCCGACUCACAAAAGUAUCCUGAACGAGAACAAAGUGUCUGUAAGCAACGCAUCGCUCAUUAUCACUGACUCCGGGAGUUACUCGGCUGUCAAUCAGAUCCCGAGGCCCACCGAUACCGCGAUUUUGCUGUUUGAGGAGACGACCUGGGCAAACGAGUCGGCGAAGACCAUUCAGCCAUCAAUUCCGGUCUCUUCUGGGGCGUGGCUUUGCUUUACCUCCGGUUCGACCGGUAAUCCCAAGUGCUUCUCGAUCCCGCAUAGCUCUGCAGCAGCUUGCUUGAUGAGUCUGAUUGACUAUUUUCACCAUGGACCAGGCACAAGAAUGCCACUCCUAAGCAAUGUUGUUUUCGAUGUCAGCAUCUCGAGUAUGCUUAGCCCUCUUCUCUCCGGGGGAACUCUCUGCCUUGCGCCAUCCGAGAGCUUUGUGACCGAUCUUGAGGUAACCUUACGGGCAUUAGCAGUGACCCAUAUAGAAGCUACCCCGAGUGUGGUUGCCACGCUUUCUGGACCUUUCGCGUUGCCUUCUCUCCAGUCUCUAUCCCUCGGAGGCGAACCUCCGGUGAGGGAAGUGACUAAGAUGUGGAUGGACAAGGUUGAUGUGUAUAACAUUUACUGUCCUGCGGAAUGUACCAUCAUUGGAUUCAUCCAUCGUUUCAAGUCCAGUGAUGAUCCCGAGGGCAUGAUGCGCAAUAUUGGCCGAAUGACUCCGCCAGUGCGCGCCAUGAUUCUCGACGCAAACCAGUCCCCUGUCCUGCCUGGGGCCGUUGGGUAUUUGCACAUUGGCUCAUAUAUGGAUGGUAAACUAGGGCAACUGAGCACAGGAUAUCUGGCGCCCCAAUCGGCCAACUCCAAAUUCUCCCAGGACUCUCGCGUGGGGCGCAUCUACAACAGCGGUGACUUGGCGUACUAUGAUGAGGAUGGAAAUGUGCAUCUCAUCGGUCGCGAGGACGAUCAAGUGAAGCUUCAUGGUAUUCGGUUCGAUCUGAGCGAUGUCGAAGCUACUGCCGAUGUACUCUUGCCUCCUGGAGGCAAGAGCAUUACUGUGAUUGCUGGUCAGCCCGAUAAGACGCUUGUGGCGUUUGUGCAUCAUCCUUCCUGGGCGCCGGAAUCGAAAUCCACACACUGGGCAUUGGAGAUUUCCCCCAAUACCACCCCUUACCUUCGGGACCUCCGCUCCCAACUUGAGAACAGACUGCAUGAUGUGAUGAUUCCGAGAUAUUGGAUUCCGAUUUCGUGGAUCCCCCACGGCAACACGGGUAAGGUCGAUCGAAAGCUGCUACAGAGAUGGUUCGAGGAGACCGCCGCUUCUGACCUCGACACUGUCCGACCAUACGCGACUCUUAAAACCCGUCCAGACCCUGAAGAUAAUACCUGGGAGACGGCAAUGGAGGCGUUCGACUCUCAUGCUAUUGGAAAGGCACUUCGCAGUGCUUGGCAACAGACGUUGGGCCUUGCCGACAAUCAAGUCUCUCUUCAAGAAUCAUUCUUCCACUCGGGUGGAGAUAGUAUCUCCGCCAUUCGCUUUUGUUCUCGGGCCAGGGCUAGAGGAAUCCAAGGAUGUACUGUUGGCCAGCUCUACCGGACUAGCUCGCUGUCAGCGUUGCUCACAGCCCUCGAGGCCGUGCAGCAACAGAGCACAGAGCCUGAAUUAAAGGCUACUGUCCCACAGGAUAAUUUCGCGGGUUAUAGGCUUCUUGCAUCUCGAGAUGAGUCGGAGGAUCUAAAGCGAGACAUUCAACAGGCGAUAGCAAAUACCACCUGGCAAGAGACCCACAUGGAGGGUGUCUGGCCCAUCCGCGAGAUUCAGAAAGCCAUGCUCUUGCAAUCUAGCUCCCAGAAUGGUCGCUACGUUGUCCAGGUGAUGCUGACGCUGACCGGGAUUUUGGAUUUCCAAAGACUGCGGAAUGCCUGGCGAUUAUUACAGGAGGCCCACCCCAGUUUGCGAACCACCUUCAUUCCUGUGUACCGCGCUGAUACGGUUGAGUACUUUGCCCUGGUCAUGAAGGCUUUGACAGACUACAGCAACUUCCAUCCUCAUGUCCUAGAUCUCCCCUCGGGGAGCCAAUUUGAAGAGUGGUUGGAAGCUGAUCGCCACCGAGGCUUCACAUUUGGAGAUCUUUUCCAUCGCAUGACUGUGUUCCAAUCUUCCCCAGAGACCCAUCACCUGGUCCUCACUAUCCAUCACGCGAUCAAUGAUGGAUGGUCCCUGGGAAUUAUGUGGAAGGAUCUGUCGGAGGCCUAUGGCAUUGGUAGCCUAUCUGCUCGUCCCUCCCCCGCUCGAUUUCUAGCCCUGGACCUGGCACGCGAUCCAAGAUCUUCUUUGGAUUACUGGACAUCCUAUCUGGAUGGCUUCGAACCGUUUGAAGUUCGCCCACAUGCACUACAAAGCCUCCAAGCCUCAGGUAAAUCGGCCAUGGAGACGAAGAGGCUGAUUGUCAGUAUUACACCGGAGCAGAUUUCUAAUUGCGCCAAAGCGCACAGAGUCACCAGUGCCACCGUGCUCGAGGCCGUGACUGCGAUCUUUCUUGCCCGGGUGACCGGUCGAUCCGAUCUUGCUUUUGGAAUCACUACCAGCGGCCGAAACGCUGCCGUGGAGGGCAUCGAUGAGAUGGUCGGCCUGUUCAUCAACACUCUUCCCGUCCGUCUUCACCUUGACCAACAUGCAACGAUGUCUUCGCUUCUCCAGCAUUUGGCCGAAGACUUUGCUUCCGCCAUUCCCCACGAGCAUGUCGCUCUCUCCCAGAUAUUUUCCAAGGCCCGUGGAUCAAAAAGUCCAUUCGAUACAGUGCUUGUUUACGAGAACUUCGAUACCAACCACGAGCAACAAUUCGACGAGAGUCUUACGUUGUCGGAGAUCGACGGGCGUGAAUUCUCCGAAUUCCCGUUCAUGGUCGUUGUUGAGCAUACCUUGCAAGGCACACAGAUUGUAUUCAAAUGGACCAAUAAUCUUCUGCAUGUUGAAGAGGCAGAGUCUUGGCUGAUUCAGUUUGCCUCCCUGCUUUCGGAAGUCAUUCGUUUACCUGAUGGCGAGCAGAAGCUUGAGAGACUGGGCAUGGUGACAGACUAUCGUGAGUUUGAACAAGUGAAGACCUCGUAUCAUGCCCAUAGAAGAUAUCUUCUGGAGAAUGCGACAGAAGAUACAUUAAAUGGUCUCUUCAAAAAGAGUGUCGUUCAGCAUGGAGAGAAUAUCGCUCUUCGCUCUUUGACGGAGUCUGUUUCCUUCCGUGAGCUAGACGAGAGGUCGGAGAAGGUUGCAUUCAAUCUUAUCCGCGAGAAUGUCUGUCCAGGUGAUGUGGUGCCAAUUGUCUUCUCUAGAUGUCCCGAUAUGAUCGUUGCUAUGCUGGGUGUCCUGAAAGUCGGUGCCGCAUAUUGCCCAUUGGACCCUAAGGCACCCUUGCUCCGUUUGCAGGGACUGAUAUCGAAAGUCCAAGGACGGAUAAUCGUGUUGGAACGAGACAUUCUCUCUCCUGAAGCGGUCCAGCACAUCCAGGCGAUGGGUCUGAAGGUAGCCUUCAUUGAGACACUCACAAAGAAUGGUGCAGCAGCCACAGACAACCCUGCCCUACCCGGGGUGAGCCCCAAUGAUAGAUGUUAUGUUCUAUUUACCUCUGGAACGACCGGAGAGCCUAAAGGCUGCAUUCUGUCCCACCGGGCUGUAUCUAAUGCUGUUCGAGAGACCGCCCGUAUAUACAACACCGGAGCCGGGACUCGAAUGUUGCUGUUUGCGAACUACAUCUUUGAUGCUUCUGUGAUCGACAUUUAUGGAUGCUUGUCCACCGGCGCUACACUGUGUUUUGCGUCUGAGGAUGACUUGAGAUCGGAUCUGAAUGAGGUCGUGACCCGAUUCUCGAUCACGUCUCUUCACCUGACACCCAGCGUGAUGCGAUUCCUUGACCCCGACCGCUGCACCACAAUCAAGACACUUGUGUCUGGUGGUGAGAAGCUUUCCACCAGCCUCCGCGAAACAUGGGCUGCUCGACUACGACUUUUCGACGGCUACGGUCCCACUGAGUCCGCAGUGCAGGUGUCCGCUACCCAGGUUGUCGACCAUGACGACACUUCCACCAUUCGACAAAUCAUUCCUGGUAACUUCGUGUUGCUCCUGGAUCAACAUGGGCUUGUUCCUCGGGUCGGGCAGGUCGGUGAAAUUUGCAUCGCGGGCAAGCAACUGUUCGACGGAUAUAUCGGAGAGCCUGACCUUACCGCGCAAGCGAUGACGACGAUGCCCGGGCUGGACCAAAACCUCUCACUCUACUGCACAGGUGACCUGGGAGUGUAUACUCCCGACAUGAACAUCCACAUAAUUGGACGAAAGGAUAGUCAAGUGAAGAUAUCUGGGCAGAGAAUCGAAGUGCAGGAAGUGGAGAAUGUCCUAAUCACUGCGCCAGGUGUGUUGAGCGCUGGGGUGGCUGUUUGGCGGAAUCACUUGAUCGCAGUCGUCCAGCAAAAGGAAUCGGCAGAAGUAGUAUCAAGUGAUACCACUUGGCGAUUGUUCUGCGAGGCAAGAUUGCCAGCCCAGCUUGUUCCGACCCACUUCCUCUAUGGCACAGUGCCUCUCAACACCAGCAGGAAGGUUGAUCGGCGACACCUGGCUCAAUUGGUGGAGUCUAAGAUGCAAGACGUAUCUACGGCCGGCUGUUCCAGCGAGCAGGAAGCCCAGACGAGGGCUGAGGCCUACAUUCUGAAGAUAAUCAAUGAUUUGCUUGGCACUCAAGUCAUCGAUGCAGAAGCAUCUUUUGCAUCAAUCGGUCUCAGCUCUCUGCCCUUAAUGGAGCUUCGUGCCAUCGUGUCGCAUCACUUUUCUCGAGAGUUAUCAUUCUCCGAACUCAACUCCGCUGGAAACGCUCGACGUCUGGCAGCUCGACUAGAUUUCGCAUCACCAAUCCCCGCCUUGUCCAAAAGUGCACCUCUGCAUCAUGAUGAUCAGGUCGAGGCACUCUCGACCCAGCGUCGGAUGUGGCUGGCCCAGCAACGACUCCAGGAUGAAACCUACAACGUCUGCAGUUUGCUGACUCUGAAAGAUGUCUCUGCCUCUCGAAUGGCUGAGGCCAUACGAUAUGUCGUCCACCACAUUGAUGCCUUCCGGCUGACGUUCACGUGGAACAGUGACAGAAACAGUCUUCAACAGGCGCUCCAGUCCGAGUCAACGGUUCCCGUGGAGGUUGUUGCAAUGGAUGAUCUCACAGAAAUUAAAAAGACGAGUCGUCAGUAUGCGCAGCGAAGCUGGGACCUGGAGAAUGGCCCUAUGGCCCUGUUCGUCGUAUUUGAUCGCGGCGCGAAGAACAUUGCAAUCUUUUACAACAUCCACCACAUCCUGGUGGACGAAUGGACAACACAGCAGAUGCUGGAGACUAUUCUGGAUGUGUAUGUCAACCGGCCGUCAGCACUCAAAUUUGGAUCAACUGUCAAGUACGCUGGUCUGGCGUCGCAGUACGGUCCUGGCAGUUCGCUCUACGACAAAUCCAUGGCAGCUCUGCUGAAACAUCUGGAUGAUAUCCCUCCUUUCGAUACCACGAAUUGGCCCGCCCCACCCGCUGAGGCUGCUGCUCGAGGGUCUGCCAAUAUCGUUAACUUCGUGCCAUCAUCGGAGUUUGAACAAUUCAAACGGACUUGCUCGAGAGAUGGCAUCUCGUGGUUCUCUGCUUUACUGGGUCUCUUCCAACUGCUUCUCCAUCGGUACACUUCGACGCAAGAGCUGGGAGUCCUCAUUCCGGUAUCGAUGCGUGGAGCUUUGGCAUCAAGUGGUGACGUCUUUGGCAACAUGGUAAAUACAGCGCUCGUCCGCUCGGUUCGUGAGGGCGCGAAAACGUUGCGACAGUUCCUCGAACAGACCGCUGCAUCCGUCAACUUUGCAAUGGAUACAGUCGUUGUUCCAUUCGAAGAUGUCCUCACUCAGCUCAAGACCACGGUCAGCGAGCACUCGGUCAUCUUUGUUGCCCAAGAGCAAGGUGCUUCCGUUGCUACCAACAAUAUUGUGGACAUCACGAGGGAGACGUUCAAUUCACGUCCGGUGGCAUUUGACUUGCAACUCACUCUUACCAGCACGAAAGAUGGUACUGUGCUGGAUUUCCAGUAUGAUCGCUCCAAGUUCGAGGCCUCUUACAUGCAAGAGGUUGCUAUGGGGUAUGCCCAGCUUUUAGAACGCGCAUUUUCACUCUGUGACACUCCUCUGAAGGACAUUGACCUCUGCACCCCUGAGCAGCGGGAUAUGAUGGAGGCAUUUGCCAACUUCCCCACCGUCAAACCACCGUGUCGCGAUGUCUUGCUCCACGAGCUUUUUGAGGAGACUGCUGCCAGACAGCCUGAUUCCAUUGCUGUAGAUCAUUGGGAUGGAGAUCAACAUACUCUGACAACAUAUCAGGAGCUGGAUGCCAAGGCUGCCACUCUCGCGAGGCUUUUGCAAGCAGAGUAUGGCGUUCAGGUGGGUGAUAUUGUCCCCAUUUUCGUGGACCAGGGCACUAUCUACGUGAUAUCCGUGUUGGCGGUGUUGAAGACCGGUGCAACCUUUACCCCGAUGGCUCAGGAUGGAACAUGGCCAGCCGACAGGGUGACAGGCAUCGUCACCGAAUGUUCAGCCAAGGUGGUAAUUGCCGACAUAGAGACCCCUGAAGAUCUGCCCUGUCCAACUCUGCAGAUUCAUUCGGUUGACUUCUCUGUCAAAGAGACGGCCCCCAUUGCUUGUGGAGCCACUCCGGACACGAUCUCUUACAUACUGUGGACAUCGGGCACGACUGGGGCUCCCAAGGGUGUCAUGAUUCCUCAUUCUUCCGCCGUGACUUAUUUCCGGGAGGCUGCUGCCUACUUGUUCCAGGGUACGGCUGCAGAUCGCACCUUUCAGUUUGCAAGCCCGGUGUUUGAUGCCAGCAUGGAGGAUCUCUUCCACACCUUUGUCGAGGGGGGAACGCUGUGUACGGCUCCCAGGCAGCUGCUUCUGUCUGAUCUGCACAACGUCUUCCGCGCUCUCCGUCCCACCGCCGCAGACCUCACUCCAACUGUCAUCUCGCUGCUUGAACCCUUUGUUGGCUCCUUCCGCGUUCUGGUUACUGCUGGUGAGCCGCAGAAUGAAAAGGUGCGCGCGGACUGGACCAAGUCACCGACUCGGCUGAUCAAUGCCUGUGGCCCGGCCGAAAAUACCGUAGGAUCCUACUUCGGACCCGUGACUCCUACAAGCAAUAUUCGGUCCAUUGGUCACCCGUUUGCCUCGGUGGUGGCCUUCGUUUUUGAUGCCUUCGGCAAGCUCUGCCCUCGACACGCCAUUGGCACCAUUUGGCUCGGUGGAUCCCAGUUGUUUAAGGCCUAUCUCAACAAACCGGAACUCACGGCCCGCGUUUUUAUCAAUCAUCCUAAAUAUGGUAGACUCUGGAACUCCGGCGACGUGGCCUACUACGACUCCGAGGGUCACAUUAUCCACUGUGGUCGUGGAGAUGACCAGGUUAAAAUUCGCGGCCAACGGCUGGAGCUGAGCGGCAUCAACUCGAUGAUCGAGGAGAGUGACUUUGUGCGCCGCGCAUUAGUUAUGAAGGAUAAGGAGAAGCUGGUCGCAUUUGUGGUGUGGGCGGAUGAACCUGAACGGCCGGUCACGGAGCUCAUCGCUGAAACCCUCAAUCCCAAUGAGCACGUCAAGCUCAAGGCUCUCAAAGAGUCUAUGAAGGCCAAGGCAUCAUCUGCCAUGAUCCCAUCAAUCUGGAUCCAGGUCAAUAAGGUUCCCCUCCGGCAAAGUGGUAAGGCAGACCACAGACUUCUGCGAUCCCUCAUCACCCACCAGGAGACUCCGGAGGACGAGUCAGGCAAGGCCCCCGUUACACCGGUGGAACACGUACUCCACGACUCCUGCUGCCGCACUCUUGGAUUACGUGCAGUGGGGAUGGAGCGGAAUGUCUUCGAACUCGGCAUGGACUCGUUCUUGGUGAUGAGGUUCCUGUCGGAAAUUCGUAAACAUCUCCCCCAGUGUCGUUUGACCCUCCGCCAUGUUGCUGAAGUCCCAACUCUGGAAGGAUUAGCUGCUGGGAUAGUGGUUCCCGAGGUGAACCAGCAAUCACCAGUCCGCCUGGAAUUGCCAGCUGUGUCCAGGUUCGAUCGUGGGUCUACAGCCCUUGUGCCGGCCAGCUCGAUUCAGACCCGGUUCUACUGUGCCCAGGCCCUUCUGGCGGACGCCACCUACAAUGUGCCCUCGUUUUAUAAGCUUGACGGCCUACUCCCAGACGCAGUUGAAUCGGCCAUCGUGUCUAUUCUAAAUGAGCAUGCCAUUUUCCGAACCACGUUUGUCUCUGACGGCGAGGCAUUGCGACAGAAACUUCAUACUACCUCUCAAGUAGAGGUCCGGCGAUGUGAUCUUGCCUCCUUAGAUGGGAAUGAUGCAAUGCACUUUAUGCGGGAUAUGUGUAUCAAGGAUGCUGCAACCGUGUUUGAUUUGGAAGAGGGGCCACUGGGCCGUGUCAUUCUCUUCCUGCUCCCGGGAGAAUCUGGCUUUCUGUUUCUCAAUUUCCACCACAUCAUCAUCGAUGAGCAGUCCAUGCGACAACUUGUCCAUGAGGUUGCUCGACGAGCAGGUCACAAUGACGCAACACCUGUGGUAGCCACCAAGGGGAGACCGCAGUAUGCUGACUUUGCGGAGCAAGAACACAAGCUCCUCCAGAACUCAGAUACGCAAGCCGAGUCACAACGCUUCUGGCAGGAGUAUCUGUCGAAUUUUACCCCGGUGAACAUUCCGCCCUUCCAUGUCGGAUCGGGCCAGCCGCAGCGUGCCAUGUGCCACUACGACUUUAGCUUGCCCCAAGAGAGCCUCAGUUGGGUCCGCAAGCAGGGGCUCACCAACUUUUCUGCCUUCCUCUCUCUAUACAUGAUCUUGCUGCAACGUGUCUGGAACUUAGCCGAUGCCACAGUCACAAUCCCUGCCUCGCAACGAGCUGAGCAAGUUCCCACCGACAUGUACGGGUGCUUCAUCAACACUGUCCCGGUGCGUGCGCAUGUCUCGGGGGAUUGCCUACUUGGGCCAUUCCUCAAGUCGAUGUCUCGCAAUUUGUUCCAGGUGUUGCAAAAGUCAUAUCUUCCUUACGACCAAAUACUCGACGCUGCCAAGAUUAGCACACAUGAUUUGCCUUUGAUGUUUGUCUACCAUGAGGCCUCAAAGGACGUCUUUGACGGGUUGGUUGACGCACACAACCUGCUUCGCGAGACAGACAAUGAGACCUCCGGACAGUCUAAGUUCCCUGUGACCUUCUCUGUGACCCUCGCUGAGCAGAAGGAGCUUUGGAAUGUCAGUCUUAAUGUGGAGUACGACAUGAGCAGGAUCCAGAGAAAAUCAGUCGAUAUACUGUGCGAGCAUUUUGAGAGCCUGCUUCAUGCAGUGAGCCAGUGCGCCGAUGAUAUUCUGAUUGGUCACUUGGAUAUCCUCACGCCGGGAGAGAAAGAACUUGUGGAGAUUCAACAGCGAACGAUUGACGCGGUCGAUCGAAAGAAAGACGCUCCCAAAUUUGUCCACCAGCUGGUGCGCGAUCAAGCUGCGCAAUUUCCCAACCAGAUCGCUUGCGAUUUCGAGGGUAAAGAAACAGUGACAUACCGGGAGCUUUGGAACAAGGUGGAACACAUUUCCGCUGGACUGAUCUCUUUCAGACAGGGAGUCGACAACAAGGUCGGUAUCUUCAUGGAUGCCGGGAUUGACCGCAUUGCCUCCAUUCUGGCUGUCCUCAAUUGCGGAAUGGCAUGGGUUCCUCUUGAAGUGAGCCUUCCUGUCGCUCGACUCGUCACGAUCGUGGAAGACUGUCAGCCGCAAGUGAUCUUGACGACACAGACCCUGCAAAGCGAUUAUAGCACGGUCUUGCAGGAGCUACACAAGGCCACCGCUCAUCGGGUUCCUCUGUACCAUCUCCCUUCAGCAGUGCCUACUACUGAAGCGCCUGCUGUUGUUGCUGACCACCUCCAACCAAGCGAUCUUGCCUACAUUUUAUAUACCAGCGGAUCUACCGGUAAGCCCAAGGGAGUUCAAGUAGAGCAUUUCCCUCUGCUCAACGCGACUCUGGCCUUUCGUGCCUUGUAUGAGUGUGGGCGCGACAGCCGCUUCUUGCAAUUUGUUCCAUGGACUUUCGAUAUCUCGAUCAUGGAUGUCUUCGCAUCCUUGACAACCGGUGCCACUCUGUGCCUGGGCGGUAAAGAGCUCCUCCAUUCCAACUUCCACUCUAUCUUUUCUCGGAUGCAAAUCACUCAUAUCUUGGCAUCACCGACGAUGAUGAGCCUUCUCACUCCCGAGGAAGCUCCGACCUUGAAGGUUCUGUCCAGUAGUGGUGAAUCAAUGACAACCAAGGUCCGUGAUGUCUGGGCCGACCGAAUCACUGUCCUCAAUGCUUUCGGACCCACCGAGACCUGUAUCUACAGCCUGGUGUCGCGUGUGCGUCGCGACUUGGAGCCCAACAAUAUCGGAAUGCCGACUACAGGAAACACGGCGUUUAUUGUCAAUGAAGAGCUCGGGUUGUGUCCGGUUGGAACAAUCGGACAGUUGGCCAUCGGAGGAGUUCAGCUUUCUCGUGGAUAUCUAAAUCGCCCGGAAGAAAACCGUGCAUUCGUGGAUCACCCUCUCUUGGGACGUGUCUAUCUAACCGGCGACUAUGCUAUCAGAAAUCAUGAUCAGUCUAUUACCUACCUGGGCCGCAUGGAUACUCAGACCAAAAUCCAUGGCCAGCGCAUCGAGCUCGAGGAGAUUUCUAACACUGCUCUCUCACAUCCUGCGAUGCAUAAUGCACUUGCUAUGGUUGUCGGUCGCGGCGACACAAGCCAUCUGGCACUCCUAUUCGAACCCAGUGGACGCGGGUCUGCCGUGGGACAGACUGACAUGCAGGCUCUUGAUGCCAUGGACUUCCAGAGCACUGUCUCGGAAGUUCACUCCAAGCUCCUCUCCACCCUCCCCGGCUACGCUGUCCCAAGCUUGUGCAUUCCCGUCUCAUUCAUGGCCAUGAAUGUAAACGGCAAGACGGACAGAAAGCGGGCCACUGCUCUUGUAGCCGACCUAAGUGAUACUCAACUGUUGUCGUACAGUGUCGAAGCCCAUGAGCAAGGAGCAAAUCUGCCGCUGGAGACCGAGCAAGAGUUCCUGAUCGCUGACGCGAUGUGUCAGGUCUUGAAAGCCCGGGAAAUCUUCGCCAACAGUAACUUCUUUGCCAUGGGCGGAACUUCCAUCUCUGCCAUUCGUCUUUGCUCAAUUCUUAGACGAUCUGGGUUCACCCUGAUUGUCAACCACAUUUACGCGCAUCCGACAGUAGCCGAGCUUGCCGCCAACGUCAGGUACAAAUUUCCUGCGAACAUGGUUUCAGACACCAAACUCGACAGCUGGGGUAACAUCCAUCCGAUUCCGAUCAUGGACUGGUACAUCGAUCAGCAGAAGAUCAAUCCCAAUUGGAACAAUCAGGCCCACCUGCUCCGAAUGGCUCGCUCGGUAACUUUCACUGACACGGUGAAAGCGUGGCAGGGCAUCACUGAGAUUCAUCCUUCCCUGCGCAUUCGAUGUAAUUCCAGUGUGGCGCCGCCCAGGCUAUAUAUUCCGAUCCAUCCAUCGUCCCGGGAUUAUGCCGUUAUCCGUCACUCCGUGCCCUCGGAGGAAGCGCUGGAAUCGAUUAUCCCACAAGCGCAGGCUUCACUGGACAUCACCAAGGGACCCGUUUCUGCUUUGGCAUGGAUCGAGACUCCAUCAGCAACCUACUGUCUCAUUAUAAUCCACCAUCUCGCUAUCGAUAUUGUUUCAUGGCAGAUCAUAUUCGACGACCUCGAACAACUUCUCUCUGGAGAAUCGAUCUUGCCCGAAGGCGAUUCAUUCCGUCGCUGGUCUCUGCAGGUACGCGAGAGACAAGCGUCGGCUCUCCCCCGGGUCUUAGAUACUGCCAAGUGUCAGAAGUCACAACAUGAGAACCAUCUCAUCGUACCCGCUUUUGCCUCCCGGCGCCACCGGAACAUUCAAUCCACUGUUGCGAUCGUCGAAACAAGUCUAGCGGCAGAUCUGACCCAGCUCUGCCUAACCGAUGCCAACAAGAUACACAGCACCGAGCCGGUCGAGCUCCUCCUCGCGGGACUCGUCCUCGCCCUCUACCGCUGGCGACACAUCAGCCGGUUCGAGCUGACGCUCGAAUCGCACGGCCGCGAGCUCCAGAACGAGGCGCUCGACCUGUCGCGAACCGUGGGAUGGUUCACGUAUCUCUACAACGCGGUCUUCGCAAUCCCUCCCAGCAGAGAGACCGACAGUGGCAGUGACAGCGACGGCACGCACGGCAGCUACACUCACAGUGACAGCGACAGCAACAGUGGGCGCAGCCGCACCCGCGACAAGAUAAGUGCGAUUCCUGCUCUACUGUCGGCCACCAAGGCGACGCGUCGCACGGCCUCUCAGGGCACAGACUUUGCUGUCUCGAGCAGUUCGGGCGCGGCCGAUACUCCAGUCCUCAUGUUCAAUUACGCCGGCGCGUACCACACCGGCAACACGGGUGGGCUUUUUAACGCGGUCAAUCUGCCAUCGAUGGAGACGUCUAUGGACGACCCCCGGAACGUUCGGCCGUCGGUGCUGGACUUCAACUGCGGUGCAAAGGAUGGCGUGAUGGAUUUGAGUAUCUUGUACAGUCAGGCCAUGCACGCUGAGGAGGAUGUGCACGCGUUGCUGAUGAUCUGGAGAGAGGCUGUGGAGGAGAUUAUUGAGGAGUGUACUAGUUACUGA